AUGACAAAGCGCAAGAAGAGAGGCCAGAAUAAAGGCGCGAAUCCCCAGAAUAAUAACGGGACCGGCAGCAGCUACAAUAGCAAUCACGAUAAUGGAGCCAACAAACGUCCCCGCUACAACUCUAAUGGUUAUGGCAACAAUAGCGAGUUCGACUUCGAUGCUGGCAAAGGCUAUAUCGACCCUAACACAGGCCAGCGCGGCGCGUUCCCUGGUCUCGAAGGUGAUCCGGGUGAUUUCUAUGGUCCUGCAAGCGAUGGGAUGGAUUACCUGCGCAUGGUCAGGUCUGAAGCGAAAGGUGUUCCGACGUUGCUUGUUGCAGGUCAGAAAGUUAGAAGACCACCGCCACCGCUUCCAAUCCCUCAACCUGAUACUCUCAAUUACGAUGAUGACGAGCCGGAAGCUAUCGAGUUGGUGGUUGAUGAGCUGGAGGAAGGGGAGAUUGUUGGGCAAGGGGAGGACGAUGAUGAGCAAGGUUGGUACAACGAUGGAGCCUAUACCGCCGCUAUAGACCCCACUGCUGCUACCCCUCCAACCGAACCGCCUACCGCCCUCUCACUCUGGCAUAAUGCUCUCCUCACAUCCUUCCGCUCUAUUCGCAAGAGUUUACACGCGAAUCCGCCUACUCCACUACUGCCGCUGGCUGUAUCGUCAAGCCUUCCGGUCCGUAAGCAACGCUCUUUAUGGCAGCAACAUAUCUUCAACACUCAGCCUACACCCAAGGAGCUCUGGGGAAUUGACCAGCAGACGGUACUAAGACUCUUAAAGUGGUUGACACAACGUAUGUCUGAGAUGGCGAAGCAUAAAGGUGGGAGAUGUUGGUCGCAGUGGUUAUGGGGGUUGUUAAUGAGGCUCGACGAUUGCUUGACUGCGGACGAGACUAGCAUUGUGAGAGAACUAGGGAAGCGAUGUCUCAUUAUUAGGGAACGUAUGGCGAUUGCCCUGCAAGGAGGAAGAAUUCCGGAUGACCAGAGAGAGGAGGAGGCCGAAGGUGAUGAAGAUGAAGAAGGGAAUGAGGAAGUUCAGGGGUCCAACGCCGAGCAGGAUGAGGGUGCCGUAGUCGCAGGAGCCGCAGAGCAACUCGAGCAGGCUCCAGACCCACCCACCGCCCCUGAGAUUGAAGCAGCUGUCGAGUCUAAGGUAACUCCUCAACGUGAAGCCACCCCGGAGAUCAUACCACUUCCUCAGGUCGAAAAGCGUGCGGAAACCGAAGAAGCCAAUGGACUUGCGUCUCGUCUCAAGGCAACUUUGCAAUCUAUUCAAAACCGAAAACUCCAAGAACCCCCACAACCAGGACAGAAACAUCAGUCAGAACCUAACGCGCCGGUAUCACAAACAGUAGAUGCCCUUUCACAAUCGGAUACCUUCGGCGUUCUCGACAUGGUUAUCUCUCUGGUAGGUGACUUCUACGGUCAAAAGGACCUUCUAGCGGACAGGAAAACUCCCAUUCAUUUGUCCGCCUCCUAA